AUGGCACCCUCGACGCGUCAAGACUCGGCCCUCGCAAAGAAGAUCGCAACACUACAAUUGCGUCUCGCACCUCUCGUUCCUCUCCCCUCAGGCCCACCUCAUCCAGCCUUCCCCAAAACUCUCAUGGCCUUCCACCUCCUCACCGAGGACGAACUCGACAGCAUCGCACACUACUACCAUCAAAGCACACCCGGGCAAUGGACAUACCACUACCCAGCAACCAUGAACUGGGACAAAGAACACCUCGCCAAACCCGAGAAUCUCCCCACUCCUCCUCCAUCUCGCCACAGCAGAAAACUAAGCCAGGAAGAGAGCAUCUGGUUGGAAGAUUUGAUGAAWACUGUCGAGGACUUGCAGACUCCAGUUCUACCUUCUCAAAAUGGCGAGAGUACGAAUGCGUAUCGUGGACUGAGCGACAAAGAGCGUAUCAGGAUCAAGAGGAGGAAAGUGGGCAAAUUCAUUGGACUCGUGGGUAUGGAGACGCCUGUGGAAGAAAUUGCAGGGAGAAUUCAAGCCAGUCUCGAUCGUGCUGUUGAGAGAAGUAGAGAGGAGUUUCGAAGGAACGAAGAGGUGAUGCUUCGGAGGAGAAAAAUGGCGUAA